CAUAAUCGGGAUUUCCUUGAACAGAUAUUACAUUAUUACACUAACAGAGUUCUGACAUUUGCACUGCUACGUGUUUUAGAUUCUUUAUUUACAUACAUAAUGAAGAAAUCUUUCCCUUGAACACACAUAUAAGUGAUAUAAUAGAAGCCAUAAGGAAGCUUAACAUAACCUGCCAGAAUGGAUCAAAGGCUGUUUGAGGCUUCUCAAAGUGGAAAUAUCCAACUUCUGCACCAGUUGCUUGCAGAGAAUCCACUCCUACUCCAUAGUCUUGCUCUAGAUUCUGCAGAGAACCCAGUACAUGUUGCUUCGCUUGCUGACCAUGUUGGCUUUGUUAAGGAGAUUCUAAGGUUGAAACCGGCUUUGGCCAAAGAAAUGAACCCAGAUGGCUUUAGCCCUAUGCAUAUAGCAUCUGCCAACGGAUAUUUGGAGGUUGUAGGGGAGCUUCUGAAAGUUGAUCUAAGACUAUGCCGGCUUAAGGGAAGAGAUCAAUGGACUCCUCUUCAUCAUGCUGCAAGGAGAGGAAGGGUAGAUAUUGUCAGAGAAAUAGUCUUGGUUUGUCCAGAAAGUGUUGAAGAUGUGACCAUACAAGGGGAAACUGCUUUGCACCUUGCUGUUAAGAACAGUCAGUUUGAAGCUGUUGAAGUUUUGGUGAAAUCGGUCACAGAAAUGAGGAAGGUGAACAUCCUGAAUUUGAAGGAUAAGCAUGGCAAUACAGUUCUUCACCUAGCAACAUGGAGAAAACAACACCAGGUGGUGGAAUGGUUAAUUGGAAUUGGAACUAGUACCCCAGGCGCAAUGGAAGUGAACAAAGUAAACCAGAGUGGUCUCACUGCUCUUGAUCUGCUACUAAUUUUCCCAAGUGAAGCUGGUGAUCGGGAAAUCUAUGACACCCUUCGUGGUGCUGGAGCUUUGAGAGCACAAGACAUAGUCCAUUCUGCUGUACCUUCAUUUGACUCUGAUAACCAAACCCUCUUGAACUGCCCAGUGGCAGCAGGGACACAUCAGUUGCAGCAUCCAAAUGAUUUCAUCGAAUACUUCAAGUUCAAAAAGGGCAGAGAUUCUCCUAGUGAUGCGCGCACCGCACUGUUAAUUGUAGCCGUAUUGGUGACUACAGCGACAUUUCAAGUGGGACUGAGCCCUCCAACCGGUGUUUGGCAGGACAGCGAGCCGAAAAAGAAUGGGACUAGCAGUGAUCCAGCACACAAAGCAGGAACGUCUAUAAUGGGGUCUUAUAGUGCAACUGCAUUUGUGUUUUUCGUGGUUUUCAACUCCAUUGGUUUUUCGGUUUCUCUUUACAUGAUCAACAUCCUCACAAGCAAAUUCCCUUUGCAGUUGGAGCUUCAGAUCUGUAUCACUGCCAUGUAUUGUACAUACAACACAGCGAUGAUUAACAUUGCACCGGAUAACACAAUAGUCUUCAUUAUUGUAUUCACUUCGGUUUUGCCUGCUGUGGUACCAUUUGCUGCCAAAUCGGUUAGGCAACUUGUUAUGAGGCUUGGAGAACCUCUGGUAAAUUCAGCGCGGAGAUUCAUUCAUUCGAAUUAGUCUGGUACGGUGAUACGAUGAAAUGUAACUUCUGCAUAAAACCUCUGCGGUUCUCAUUUGCCUCCUCCGACAAGCAGGUGAUCGAUGAGUGGAACGUUAUUGUGCCACGAAAUAUUAAUAAUGGCUUGUAAUAUUCUCAUAAUUUUUCUGUUCAAAAAGCCUUGUUACUGUGUUACAGUAGCCACUGUUUUGUACGAACUCUCCAUUUUUAGGAU